GUAUCGAGGCUUCUGACAAGGGCAGCAUUCUUGCGCUACACAUGCUCGUUGUUGAUGCGUUGCCUAGCAACCGAGUCCCUGGAAGCGAGUUGGUGUUAGAAACAGGCAAAUAUUGUCCCCUCCCCCCUCUUCGGACCGAAUCUACACAGAAGCCUGAGCGGGGGCUAAGCCGGGGGUUGAGGGAGAACUGAUGCAGGGGAACGGAAUUUAGGAGGAGGGUUAAAACAACAACUCGUUGUCGUGCUUUUUUCCCGUCCUCAAGUUCUUUUUCCUCCAAUAGCCACCUGAAAAGAUGGUGGCAGAGAAAGAGGGCUUAAGCCCCCAUAAAGACAGACCCCCACAACUGCAGGAGCCACUGAGACACGCAAAAAGAACUAAGAAGCAGGUCAGCGAUGGAUUCACCAUCAAAGCCAUGAUGAAAGACACCGUGGUUAAAGGGCCCCCGGCAGCAGGAGCAUUUAAAGAAAGACCAACAAAACCCACAGCGUUUCGCAAGUUUUAUGAGCGAGGUGACUUCCCAAUCGCCCUUGAGCAUGAUACAAGAGGAAACAAAAUAGCCUGGAAGGUGGAGAUUGAGAAACUGGAUUAUCAUCACUAUCUGCCACUGUUUUUCGAUGGUCUAUGUGAAAUGCAAUUUCCCUAUGAGUUUUUUGCUCGGCAAGGCAUUCAUGACAUGCUGGAGCAUGGAGGAAACAAGAUCCUUCCUGUCAUUCCUCAGCUCAUUAUUCCAAUAAAAAAUGCGUUGAACCUUCGAAACCGGCAGGUCAUCUGCAUCACACUUAAAGUUCUCCAGCACCUGGUUGUGUCAGCUGACAUGGUGGGGGAAGCCUUAGUGCCCUAUUAUCGUCAGAUUCUCCCCAUUUUAAACAUCUUUAAGAAUAUGAAUGUUAAUUCAGGAGAUGGCAUUGACUACAGCCAGCAGAAGCGUGAAAAUAUUGGAGAUUUGAUUCAAGAGACACUGGAAGCCUUUGAGCGCUACGGUGGUGAAGAUGCUUACAUAAACAUUAAAUACAUGGUUCCAACUUACCAGUCAUGCUUGUUAAACUAACAGAAGAGUGAUGCCAUUUGUGCUCUCCAGCUCUGUCUAAUGUUCUGUUCCUCAUUUUUCCCCUGCAUCGACUAAAACAGCGGCUUCUGGACCCUUAGACUGUUUAGUACUAUUGUGAACCAGUCUUUCCAAUAUAUAAAUAGUGCCUGUUUCUUUGAUUACAA